AGCGCCAAACUGAUACACGCAUUCUUGGUAGUUAUACUUAUAUUGGCGGUUUGUUCAUAUACACUGAGAAAAAAAACAAAGUUAUUUGACAAGUAACCUUAACCGGACAAAAUCCAUAGGCCAGAGUAGAUGAAUUUUCGAACUCGUGCUACCGCAUUUACAUUGUUCGUAAACUAGAAAAUUAUCAAUAAUAGAUAAUAUGAUCGAUUAAUGCAGUAUAACCAGAAGCAAAAUGCUAUUUACGAGCAAGACAGUUGUACUUUAUACUUAGCGUUGCUGAGGAUGGUUGGCUGAAAUUUUGAACCCUACGUUGUAAAGUAAUACAUUUUUUUGUAAAUAGUUAUCCAACUUACAUAGUUGAUAAAUUGUGCCACAGGUUGUAACGUUAAUUCCAUCAGAAAUGAACUAUUAAUAAGCUUGAUUUUGCAAAAACUACAAAGAAAUGGAGCCAGAAAAUUUACAAAGUGUCCUGCAGGAAGCAGGUAUUCAAGUUGAUAUGAAAAAUCUUGAAAACCCAACAGAAGAUUUCAUGUUGUAUCUUAUAACAGAGUAUUUGAACAAGUUUAAUUUUGACGGCAAUGAAAUAUCUAAGUCAACAAUGGAUCAACUAGAGUGUCUUUCUUGCCCUGACUCAGCUUCUGAUGCAAUCAAAGCUAUAAAUUUAUACUCAGCUUUGUCUUCUGUUUGUAAUGAAAUAUUUCUGAAAGACUUGUGUCUUACAGAUAUCACAAGUCCAGGUCCAAAAAAAGCACGUAGACAGAUCAAGAUUUUAUUCAACUUUUUUGCCUAUGUAAGGAACAAGAUGACAGAGAAUGAAAUGGCUUUUAUAGAGCUUGAUAAUCAACAAAAGGAUAUAGAGGACAUGAUAGACAAAAAGCAUGCUAUUAUUGCCGAGACAGGGGCAAUGAUCAAUGAUAGAGAAAAUAAAUUAGAAUUAAAACAACAAUUGCAACAAGAAAUAGAUAAAAUUCGUUUGGAAAUGGAAGAAAACAGCACAAGGUCUAUUGAGUUAGAAAAACAAGUGAAAGAUGUUAUGAUUCAACAUCAAAAUGUUAAUCAAAACUACAAUGAUCUCAAGGCUAAAGCAAUAAAGUUACAUAAAGAAACCACAGAUUUGCAAGCUAAAAUUGUAAAGUCUCCAGAAGAGUAUGCAGCACGUUCAAAAGAAUUGAAAAAAGUUUUGGAAAUGAAAAAGGAAGAAAGACAGGUUUUGAAUGAUUCAAUUACUCGAAAAAAACUACAAAUUAAAAACAAUGAAAACGCUCAAGAAUUAGUAAAAACUCUAAAUGAUAAAUUUUCAGCGAAUGCAAGUGAAACUUAUAAACCGUUGAAAGAAACUUGUGAAAAAUUAGAAUGUGUACAAAAAGAAUUAAACCUAUUGAAAGCAGAUAUUGAUAAAUGGUCAAAUAUGGAAAUAAAUUCAUCUUGCAAUCUUUCAAAAGAUGAAGAUCAAAAAGGGCAUGAACAGCUGUUAUUUGUAUUAGACAAUCAAUACAAAGAUAAAGAAAGAGAAUUGCAUUCUCGGAAAAAUUGUCUAGAAGAAAAGAAAGCAGAUCUUGCUAAAAGUCAAUCAAUGAUAAACGAUGUACUCACCACUAUAUCUGCAGUUCAAGAUGAUAAUGCACGUAUUCUAUUGCGAUAUAAUGAGAUAUUUAUCGUUAGUACAACCAUGGUAAAAGACAAGAUACUACGGGAAGUUAUAACAAAUGGAUUACAUAUAUAUGAUCCCUAUGAAGUAUGAAAUGAGUAAACAUAUGUUAUAAGUGUAAUGUAUGAUAUUAAUAGAAGCGAUGGCGUUACUCUCUUUGUUAACUUUGAAAGACAAUUUUCAUCUAUGCAUUAGAUAUUUAUAAAAAAACUAAAAAUACAUUUUUUUACGAACUAAA